UUAUUCAGGAAGUGCACCGUCUGUUUUCAUAUCGAUUUCUUGCCAGCGUUAAAGAUAGAAAUCCCCAAACUAAGACGAUUCUAGGCUAACAAGGAGAACAGCAUAGCUCAGAAGAUGUCGGCUGGUCUUGAGCCUUCACAGGUAUCGUCACUCGGGAAGGGGGACAGUUUGCACCAACAGGUUUUGGCUUCCUUCCCUCUGUGCGACAUGACAGAAGAGGAUCUGACCCAGAAUCCUCAGUUCUGUAAACUCCUGGCUACUCUGUCACAGCAUGUGGACCAGACUGGACUCACUGUCCCACUGAAAACAGAGCUGGACAAGGCUGAGCAGAAGUUGCAGAGUCAAAGGCGUCACUGGCUGAGGUCUGAGAGCCUCUACAAAGGACUGCAGGAGAUGAUCCAGGAGCACUGCAUCAGGAAGCACCAUGCUACUGUGCCUCCUGACCAGAACAUGUUCCAUGAGACGAUGGAGAAGUGUCUGCUGGUGUCUCAGUGUAUCCGACAGCUUGAUCCCAGUAGCACUACCAACCAGGAUCAGCCCUCGGUCCUGGGUCUGAGCCCUCAACAAGUGAUUGACCUCAUGCCACCAGAGAAGAAUGUGCAAAGAAUGAAACAGGGUCUUCCAGGAGAGCUGGAGAAACAUCUGAAAAAGAAGUGUUUGAGCCUCCUCACCUACUAUCAACCUGAGUGGGAGAAUGAAAGUGAGGGUCUGAAAACCAUUAAGUUUUCCCAUUUAUCGGCUCAGCUGGACAAAGAGAAGAAAAGAGCAGAGAGCGUGAAAGAAACCUGCAGAAAAAACGCAAAUCUUCUUCAAAGACAGACUCAGCUCUACCUCUCUGAGCUGAUCAAGAGUAUUCAGCUUCUUCAGUCUCUCAUCUUGGACCACAGGCUAAGAAUUCAGACAGAUUUGGACAAGAAGAAGUUGGAUUAUUUUGAGGGAAAAUUUGAAUUAGUCCUUCAGAAAAUCAAGACUGAGAUGGUGGAAAUUCAACUGGACACAUACACAGUGGACUCGAUAUCUGCUCAUAGAAAAAUAAGACAGACGCUGGAGUCCGAGCUGAAGGCCUGUCAGGUGGAGAAGCAGUCCGUUGAGAUGAAACUGGGUUCGUUUAAGAUCUUGGGCAAAGAAUUUGAGACUCUGGCCGAGGAGUACUGCAGAUUACGGCAGGAGAUUGAAAUGAAAAACUGGGCUCUGAAGGAGUUCACUAACUACAGUAACAAAUGAUCUUAUGCAGUGUGGUUCUAAGAAAACGACCAACCGAUCCCUUUCUCAUAAUGAUUCCUAGAUCUCAACAACAUACAGGCUUUAGGAUGCUUGGCACUGAAGCUGUGGCACUAGUAAGUAAAGCAGUAUGUUUAGUAGUGAUGACUGAAAGCUUCUAUUAGAACAUCUAACUUAAAACUGUUUAAUAAACCUCAGAAAAAUCA